CAGUCUGAUCAGAAGAAGGAGAAGAAGAAGAGCUUCACUGAUGUGAGGAGGAAGGUUGUGUUGUCGAAGCUCAGAUCAACACCUCAGCAGCAGAAGUAACGAUGAGUUCAGUCCAGAAUCUGAGAGAGUUGAUCAGCGAGAGACUGACUGCUGCUGCCGAGGAAAUAUUGUCAGAGUUUGAAAAAACCAUCGUCCGGUACGAGGAGGAGAUCGACCGUCAGCGCAGACUGCUGGAUAACAUCUGGAAACCACAGAUAACACAGCACACGAUGGACUUCCAACAGAAAUAUGUCAGUACAGAAGGGGAAGUUCUUGCUGAGCAGGAGCUCUCUAACCAGGGGAGGAUCUUCAGUCUGGACGAGGAGGGUCCAAACAUUCAGCAGAUUAAAGAGGAACAGGAGGACCUCUGCAGCACGUUAAAGCAGACUGACUCAGUGCCUCUCCAGAUUAAAGAAGAACAGAAGGAACUCUGCAGCAUUAUGGACCAGGAGGAACCAGACCCUCAACCGAUUAAAGAGGAACAGGAGGAUCUCUGCAGCAGUAUGGACCAGGAGGACCGAGAUCCUCCUCACAUUAAAGAGGAACAGGAGGAAUGUUGCAAUAGUCAAGAGGAACAGCAUGUUGGACUGAAGCUUCAGACUGUUAUCUUUAAAGUAACUCCUACUUAUGAGGAAGUUGACCACAGUGAACCAGAAUCAAACGGCAACGGUCGCUGUUUGAUUCUGGAGAAAAUAGAGAGAGAAAAUUCAGUGAAGUCACUGAAAACAACGCCGUUCGAGAGGAGAACACUGCAGGAGAAACUGAGAGUGAAGGAGCUCGGACCUGAUCGGCCGGACGUCUUAAUUAGACAACAGUCGAAGGACAGAGGGAGGAGAUAUACGCGGUCUUUUUCACGGGCCUGGUAUGAGAAGACGUCUUGGCUGACAGGAUGCAGUGAGGCAGGUGCUUUAUUUUGCUUCCCUUGCCUGCUUUUUCAAACCAAGGGAACUGAUCAAGCCUGGAUUCAGACAGGUAUGGUAGAUUUAAAGCAUUUAUCCGAGAAAGUAAGAAGGCAUGAGCAAGCUAGGAGCCACAUGGAAAAUGCUAUGCGUCUGGGCAUGUUUGGGAGAGCUAACAUAGCAGCGCAGCUUGAUGAUGGCUACAGGAUAGGCAUCCGUAAACAUAACGAGGAGGUCGACAAAAAUAGGCAUGUGCUGUCUAAAAUAAUAGACUGCAUUAAGUUCUGUGGUGCCUUUGAGCUCGCCCUGAGAGGCCAUGAUGAGAGUGAAAGCUCCGAAAAUCCAGGUGUUUUCAGAGGGCUGGUGGAUUUUGUAGCAUCACUAGAUGCAGCUGUCCAUGAGCACCUUCAGACUGCCACUGUGUUUAAAGGGACAUCCAAAACAGUGCAGAAUGAGCUCCUUGACUGCAUGCUGGCAGUUUUGAGAGAGUCCAUUAUUGAGGAAGUUCAGUGUGCUGACUUCAUAUCUAUCCAGGCUGAUGAAACGAUGGACAUCUCCACCCAGUGUCAGCUUGUUCUUGUGAUCCGCUACAUCGACAAAAUGAAUGAAGUGCAGGAGAGAUUUUUUGAGUUUAUACCUCUGCAAUCUGCCACAGCUGAGUCCAUUGCCACAGCACUUUUGGAGAGGCUGAGCCUCAUUCUCCCUGAUGACCAGAAGAGCAAGCUCAUCUCCCAGGCCUAUGAUGGUGCGAGUGUCAUGAGAGGAGCCACAGGUGGUGUACAGAAGAAAGUGAGCGAUGUGUAUGCGAAUGCACACUAUGUCCACUGCUAUGCUCAUCAGCUCAACAUUAUCAUGCAGCAGGUGACAUCCCGUAUCCCAAAAGUUGGUCAGUUCUUCUCUGACCUAGCUGGAUUCUCAGGAUUUUUUUCAAGAUCCCCCAAGAGAACCAGUGUGCUUGACAGAGUGGUGGCACACAGGAUUCCAAGAGCAGGCACAGUAAGGUGGAACUUCCAUAGCCGUGCUGUCAACACUGUGUUUGAGCACAAAGACGACCUCCUUCAGUGCUUCGAAACCAUCAGGGACUCAGGUGACUUUGAUCCUACCACUGUCCGUGAAGCUGGAGGUUUUGUGAGGCUCCUGGAGGAUGCUACCUUCUGCUUCUUCCUGGAGCUUUUCCACCGCAUCAUGCCUCAUGUGGACAUGCUCUAUAGCCAACUCCAGAAGAGGUCCAUCGAUUCGGUCUUUGUCCACAGAGUUAUGCAGCAUUUCACCGACAAUGUGCAGAUGAUCAGAGACUCCCUCCCUACUGUCAGUGAAGAACAUCACAGCUGUGUGCCUCAGCAGCCGCUGGCCAAGAAGCGCCGCACACUGGGACCAGAUGAACUACAGAGGAUAGCUACAGAGGUUUGUGACACAAUCCUGGGCCAUGCAAAAGAGAGGUUUGCCUUCACCAAACACCUAAUCAGUGCUACACUGCUUCAAGGAGACAGAUUCCAGGAGUACAACGGCCAGUUCCCUGAAGCAGCGCUCAACACCACCAUGGAGGCCUAUCCAAUGCUGAACAAAUGCAAGCUGAAAACUGAACUGUCGCUCAUCUUCAGCAGCACACAGUUCAGGAGUUGCAAUGGUGCUGUGGCUCUGUACCAGCUCUUCAUGAGCAACAAUCUUCAGGACACCUUCUCGGAGACUGUGUCUCUCCUGAAGAUCCUCAUCACGACUCCAAUGACGACAGCUGAAUCUGAGAGGUGCUUCUCAACACUAAAAAGAAUCAAGACCUUCCUCAGGAACACGAUGUCACAGGAUCGUCUUAAUGCUCUGGCCAUGCUCUCUAUGGAAAAGAAACUUGUCAGAGAGACCCCAGAUUUUAACCAUAGAGUCAUUGAGAAAUGUUCAUGUCUCAAAGACAGAAGAGCAAAACUUGCAUACAAAAAAUAACACAGAUGUAGAGGUGCUGGCUCAGAAACCUGGAGGAACACUUCAAAGACAUUCCAUUCACAAACAAAGGAACUCUGGACUCACCUCAAAACUAACAAAGACAAUCAGCUCCCAAUUCUGGACAAAACUCCUGUUAUGUACAUCCACUUCACCAAACAACUGAACUUUUCAAUGACUGUGUGAUUAAUCUACCUCUUGCCUUACUUUUAAUAUUUUAUUCCUCCUGAUUAGUAUCAAUGUCAUAAUUUUAACAUGUCUGCCGAUCACAUAUGAGCAUGUUUGGUGUCAUUUCAAUCAGCUAUCUGUCAGUAAUGCUCCUAGAUAAACCAUGUUCAACAAAUUUUAAUAUUUUGGAAAGUUACAGAAAUUUCCUGAAAAUGUAACUCUGUGGGACCUCUGGACCUCAGCCUUCCCUGACAAGGGAUGUACCAGACCCCUGCUGAGUUAAUGAUAUGCAAAGGCACCCCUUUAAAAGACCACAUCUGAAACCACCAUUUUGAGUUCUCCUGAAAGCACCACUCUGAGUUCUCCUGAAAAUUGAAGUCCACUUGCCAUCCAUCACUCCGAGAGUUCUUUUGAGUUCUCCUGAGUUCUCUUGAGUUCUCCUGAAUUUUGAAGUCGACUUGCUAUCCAUCACUCUGAGGCUCCACUCUGUCCACCGUUGUUCCGACCCACAUCAACCAAGGCCGACCGGAUCAUCAUCAUCAUCAUCAUCAUCAUCAUCACACGCAAGUACCUUUCAGUCUCUGGAACUUGGUGCAACUUUCUCAGAUUAUCUUUUCAAAGAUAAUAUUUACAGGCUAUCAAAUUAGCCAACUAUCAAAUUGACGGCUGCUUUCAGGUGUGGUCUACUUAUCCUGUUUCCCUCAGAACUCCAUAUUUCAAGUGUAAUAUUAAUCCCAGUGUUACGCUGAAAUAUUGUGUUCUCUUCCUUUUUCCCAUCAUUCACAUCUCGCCAUCUUAUUUGUUUUGUGUUGUUGUUGGUUUUAAUGUGUGUUAUUGUUGUUGUUAUUGUUUAGCUUAGUUUAAUAAAUGUACAUAAAUAUAA